UUUGAUCGAUACGUUUUGACGUUUCUUAUCAAUCUUUUCCUUUGUUUUUCAAGAUUUAAAGGUGAACGUGAAAUGUCAAUAUUUUGAAGCCUAAAGUUUUCCAGAAACGCAACGUUAUGCUCUCGAUUCUAAAUAUGAUAUGGGGAAAUAAAGAGGGAAAGAACAGAUUGCAGAUUUAUGUCAAGCCAAUAAAUGAUUUGCCGAUUCCGAUAGAUGUCAAUCGCAAUUGGCAAGUGCGCCAUGUGAAAGACCUCAUAGGGCACAAACUCGGUCUGAGCCCGUUGAAGUUGUCCGUGAUAUUCGCCGGCCAUGUCCUAGACGACUCAACUCAGAUCAAAGAAUGCAACCUGGGCGAGCAGAGUGUGAUACACACAGUCGAACAUUGUAACCGAAGCAACAAACACGUCUCGACCAACCUGACCGUUGAUGAAGAAACCAACACCGAUUUCUUUGUGUACUGUUCGACCUGCCGUUAUUAUAAAAAAGGCAAACUUCGUGUCAGAUGCUCUUCUUGCCAUGACGGAGCUGUCGAGCUACAUCGAGAUCCUUCUUCCUGGCGCGAUGUCCUAGAAAGUGAAAGAAUCCAAGGAAGCUGUAAAACCUGCAGUGCUGCAGAUAAUGCUGUGGUUGAGUUUUAUUUUAAAUGCUGCAAGCACACACCUUCAGAUGAUUCUGCUGUACCUUUGGACCUCAUAAAGCCUAACCGUCUUGAUAUUCCUUGCCUAGUUUGUAUGGAAGUCUCAAAUCCAGUCUUGGUAUUCCCUUGUUUAAGUAAGCACGCUGUCUGCAUACCGUGCUUUGUCAACUACUGCAUAAAUAGGAUUUCAGAGAGGAACUUUAUCCUUGACAAAAGAACAGGCUAUACGCUCGGCUGCCCUGUUGGCUGCGAAAACUCAUAUAUUGAACAGCCAUACCAUUUUAAACUUCUUCCGCCUGAAUUAUACAGACGUUACCAAAAGUUUGCAACUGAAGAAUUUAUCCUGCAAAAUGGGGGCGUUUUAUGUCCAAGGCGUGAAUGCGGGGAGGGAAUUCUAUUGAGCGAGGGCACAAAUAGAAUAAUUUGCCCAAGGAAAGAUUGCCAGUUUGAAUUCUGUAAGUUGUGCUUAAGUGAAUUCCACAGCGGGGAGUGUGAGAGGCAAGAGGCAGCCCAUUCUGCCAAAAGCUGGCUUCUGACUCGCUGGGAUGAAUGGGCGUCGAAGAACACGAUCAGGAAAAUUUCCAAGCCCUGCCCGCACUGCCAUGUGCAGACGGAAAAAGACGGCGGCUGUAUGCACGUGUACUGCAGAUGUGGUUUCAACUGGUGCUGGAUCUGUUGUUCCGAAUGGACCUCAAACUGUCGUUCUAGUCAUUGGUUUGGUUAAAUUUUUAUGUUAAUUGUUUAAUUAAAAUUUAAUUACUUUAAUGUUAGUCAAAUGAUUAUUUUUUUCACCUAGAUUUAAAUUAUUUAUAAACAUGUACAUCAUUUAGGUAAGUAAAGUCCAACCGAGUUUUACCAAUACCUUAUGAAGUUGACUUGAGAUAAUUAAUGAAAGAUUUAAAUUGUUAAAUUAUAACUUAAACUCAUGAAAAUGAUUUGUCUCACCGAACCCCUCUGCCCUGUAAACAGCCAAUCAUUCGAGGCCAUCUGAGGUCACAUUCUCAGCGUCGUUAGCAAGAACCUAAGGGCCCUCCAAGGUUACUAACCUAAGAGCACAGCUUUGUAUAAGGAAGGCUAUCGGAGUACCAUCUUAGUUGUGUCCAGCUGACGCUACAGCAUAGUUUGGAAUACCAAUGAAGACAAUUGUAGAAGUCAUUGUUUGUAAAAA